AUGACAACUCCAGCUACAAGGCUCUUCAAUGGCUCCCGCUUCCAAGUCAAAGAAUUCAUCCUUAUGGGACUCCCUGGAAUCCAUAGUUGGCAGCAUUGGCUAUCUCUACCUCUGGCAGUACUCUACCUCUCCUCCAUCAGUGCCAAUCUGCUCAUCUUUAUCACCAUCUGGAAGGAACCCAAAUUACACCAUCCCAUGUAUCAGUUCCUAAGUGUUCUGUCUGUUGUGGACAUGGGCCUGGCCACCACCAUCAUGCCCAAGAUAUUGGCCAUCUUCUGGUUUGAUGCCAAAGCCAUCAGCCUCCCUGAGUGCUUUGCUCAGAUCUAUGCCAUACAUUGCUUCGUAAGUAUGGAGUCAGGCAUUUUUCUCUGCAUGGCUUUUGAUAGAUAUGUAGCUAUUUGCCAUCCCCUCCGCUAUCCCACCAUUGUCACAGCCUCUUCUGUCUUCAAAGUCACAAUAUUUAUGAUACUUAGAAAUGGACUGAUUGUUAUCCCAGUGCCUGUGCUGGCUGCACAGAGAGACUACUGCUCCUCAAAUGAAAUAGACCACUGCUUGUGCUCCAACUUGGGUGUCACCAGCCUGUCCUGUGAUGACAGGAGGCCCAACAGCAUUUGUCAGAUGGUCGGGGCCUUUCUGAUAUUGGGAGGAGACUUAACCCUGAUCAUUAUUUCCUAUGCCUUGAUCUUCUCAUCUGUACUGAAGUUGAAUUUUACAGAAGCUGCAUCUAAAGCCCUGAGCACCUGUAGCUCCCAUCUCAUUCUCAUUCUUUUCUUUUAUACAGUGAUUGUUGUAAUUUUUGUCACCCACCUGGCAGGAAGAAAGUAUCCUCUGAUCCCUGUGCUCUUCAAUGUGUUGCACAACAUCAUCCCCCCAGCCCUCAACCCUAUAGUGUAUGCAUUUAGGACCCAAGACCUCAGGCUGGGCUUCCAAAAAUUGCUUCUGCCAGGAAAAAAGAAGAAAUGA